AGAAUACCCGGCCCACUGAACUCAUUACAGCUAGGGUUUCAAUCGAGCAACUGCGGUUUGAAUGCUGUAGCUUUUUCCAAUCAUGUCGAUGAAUACCAUAAUCGGAGAAGAAACCAAGCCGCCGGAGGAGAUCGAGAUUCCAAAGGAAUCCUUGAGUGAUUGCUCGUCUUCUGGAUGUCCAACUUCACCGGUUAAGAAAUUUAAACGUGUUCUCGGUCUUGGUCGGAUUUAUGAUGAUUCCUAUAAAAACACUUUAUUCCGGGUCACUAAUUUAUCUGAUUCAUCUAAAGAGGAUAUCGUUGUUUGCAUGAAUGAGCACCCCAAUGUAUUGAUGAUGACCACUCUUACCAUAUUUCAAGGACGGCAACUUGCUAAACGAAUCAAGGAGGAGUUGGGUAUAACCAAACUUGACAUUGAACUCUGUGCCACUUCUGGAAAAAAACCUAGCCGUGCUGUUUAUGCUGCUUAUCGUAUCCUUAGGCGAACUCAAUUGCCAAUUGAACUUGUAACUGAGGUAACUGUGGAGUAGAAGGCUUUAUCUAUUUCUUUUUGCGUCCUGACAUUUCAAAGCUCUUUUUGAUCUUCAAACUAUCUCUUAUUGCUUUAUGGAAAACUUGUAAUAGAAUAGUGUAUUUCCUUUCAAAGUCAAUGAAGAAAUUUUUAACUUUA